GGCUAUAUAAAUGUGAUGGUGGAUGGAGCUCACACAGCAGAAAGGACUGGCUCUUACAGCUCAACUGACACCUCAACACACUGCUACACAGUGAAGAAGACAAACUCUCACCAGGAUGGCUGCCCCUCGUCUCGCUCUGUCUGUGUGUGUGCUGCUGCUGGCUGUCAUCACUAUAAGUGAAGGUAUGCGCCGUGUUGGGCCAAAGAGAUGCUGCUUCAAUUUUAAUGAGACCCCAGUGAAUAAAAGCAGGGUGGUGGGAUACCACAGGACCAGCCAGCGGUGCUCCAACUCUGCCAUCCUGCUGAAGACAGUGGCAGGCCGUCAGCUGUGCGUCAAGCCCACAGCCCCGUGGGUGAAGGAGCUCAUCAGCUACCUGGACUCCAAACUAGUCCCAGGGGAGAUGUCCAACCUGUAACCAUGGAAACACCACAUCAAAAUCGGAGCCUUCAGACUAAAAUAAUCUGGCCAGUUGAUGUGUCAUGAUGCUGCAACUUUUAUAACUUCAUACUGUAUGUCACUAUCUUCAGCAUUUGGUCUGCAGGGCUGGAAUCUUCAGCUAGACAGCAGCUAUGUUUCUAUUGUUAUUCCAAAUAUAGAAUUCAUUUAAACACAAAAAAGAGUAGAUAGAAUGAAUAUAUCCUUAAAAGAAUGACUUUGUUGAAUGCUUGUACUUUUUUUUAAACAAAAAUUCUGAAUGUUGAAAAUUUACUUUAAAUUGCAGAAUAGUUUUACAUUUUAAAAAUGUAUAUGUUUAAUUAAAAUAUAUAUAUAAAAAUAGGUACAGUUUUUAGUACAAUUGUGUAAGUAUGACCACCAACACUGUGAAUUACUGUUGCACUGUUUCCAGAAAGUACUCGUACAAGAGCAAUGUCUCCCAACUCCACUUACUGUCAUCAGUAUAAGCUAUAACCAGCUGUUUCUAUGCUACUCACACUGAUAAUUGAUGUAGUUCAGUAAGAAAAUAUAUUUAUCUCUUUGUGCUUUGACUACUGAUUUGUUUCUUUAAAUAAAAGCAAAGUCAAAUCUAA